GCAGCCGCUACGCCACCCUGUCUCGUCUACGCGCCACGAGUGCUACGCUGACACGACACGCACAUGGCACUACGCGUAGUGUUGACUAGUUAACAUUGGCACAUUCAAGAAAAUUAAAAUUCACUCAUAAAAUCAUUAUGAAAGUGAUAUUAAAGAUAAAUUUAAAAAGUGAUAGUGCGUAAAAUGAAUAAAUUAAAUUAUAAUAUAAAAGUGAUGUAGACGACGACGGUAUGGCGGGCCCAAUUCGACACCUCUCCACGUAUCACCAUGACCCAGAGCCUAACGCCAAUUCGUUAAUAACAGAGAUCAACGUACAGCUGGCUCUCUUCCGGGAUUUGUUGAUCCACAUCGGACAACCCCACGACUGCCCGGAACUAAGAGAGAGAGUACGUCGCUUACGGCGCACGUGCGUUGAAGCAACAAAACAAACCAGCCAGCUCGUUUUGCCGACCUGCAAAAAAUCGACAAGCGAAGGCUGCGCCGAUCAACCGCAGCUGGUGCUUCUAUACUUCAUGUCACAACUACUCCUUCGAGAGCUCGCCAAGUGUCACCGUCUAGUACAACUCGUACCCAUGGACAUGUCUUCCUAUUAUGAAAACCGCGCUGGUCCAUCAAAUUUUGGGAAUGUGAUCAGUCAGAUCCUACUCUGCAAGCAGAUCACGCCGGACUUCAAUCAAGAAGAGCUGUGCAGCAUCGCUAAGGACACGCAGGAAAUCACAAGAAUCGUCAACGAUAUUCAAGAGUAUCUUCCACAACACGAUAAUCUUACUCAUUUAGAAACCAACGUUGCGCUUAAAGGCGAUGACGGUACCGGCCUAUGGCGAAACAAGCGGCGUGGAUCCCUCUACAAAGGAAUGGGCGUGCUUUGUUGUAUGUCGCGUCCAAACUACCUCUGAGGGUGACGCGUAUCGCCAACGAGGCGGCCCAGAGUUACAGAUAAAUAUUAAAAAUGAACUCUAAACAAAAACACCAGUGAAACAAUAAAUAAACUCCAAGUGUUCAUAAACUUUAAGUGAACGCCAUAAGAUAUUAAUUAGAUUAAGAUAUUAAUGAAUGGUCGAUUAUAUGAAGCGUAGAAAUUAAAAGGGUCCACUAGGUUGCUUUGUACGGCCAUGCAAUGUGAAAUGUUAAUUACGUAAGCCGUGAGAAUCGCAUAAUGCAAUUAAAUAUAUCAGUGUAGUAAUAUAAGGUAACAUAAGACGCACGAUAAAAUAUUGCGAAUAGCCUGGAGUGGGAUCAAUUGCGUUUAAGUAGAUUAGUGUUUAAAUAUUUUUAUGGUAGAGCAUUUUGAGUUUUA